AAGCACCGUGGUCUUUUUUGUUGGUGGGGAGGGCAGGGAGGACGAGCAACACAUACAGCAGCAUACACGGGGAACCCGUGUUAACACAGCCUCGGCUGGGCGUCACCACUGCUACUAUGCGUCCCAAAGGAAGCAACCCAGGUGAAGAAGAUUCAUACUUCGAAUGCAACAUUUGCCUGGAUGGAGUGAGGGAGCCCGUGGUGACGCGAUGUGGCCAUCUGUUUUGCUGGCCGUGCUUGUAUCGGUGGCUCAACACCAACCAAACGGAAUGUCCGGUGUGCAAGGCCGGGGUCACAGCUAGCAACGUUAUUCCUCUUUACGGCAGAGGGGCGGAAAGCGUAGAUCCGAGGACAAAACCCACCGAACGUGAUGGUGUUCCUAGUCGGCCGGAAGCAGAACGUCCUCAGGCAGCAAGACUGAGGCACGCCAACGCCUUUACAGGUGGUUUUGAUGUUGGAGGGGGAGGUGGAGCUGGCCCAACAGGCGAAGAUGGUGUUGGGAAUGGUGCCGUAGCCGGCGGGCAUGUGCACUUCCAGGCUGGUCUUGGAUUCUUCCCUUCAUUGUUCGGACUUCAGUUUGUAAGUGGCACGAAUCGUUUGUGA